AUGGGAUCGGUUCUAGGCCUGCGAAAGGGGGCAUGGACUCCUGAAGAAGAUGAGAAACUAACUAAAUACAUGGAGAGAUAUGGUAAGUCUAGACCGUGGAGAGAGGUCCCAAAUAUUGCGGGGCUGAACAGGUCUCGGAGCAGUUGUAUAUCCAGGUGGACCAACUAUCUGAGGCCCGGCAUCAAGCGAGGGAACUUCUCUCCGGAUGAAGAAAAUAUCAUCAUCAGACUUCAUUCUGUUCAUGGCAACAGGUGGGCACUUAUAGCCAAACAACUUCCGGGCCGGACUGACAGUCAUAUCAAGAACUAUUGGAACACUCGUUUGAAGAAGAAGCUUGCUAAAAAGGAUAUUCCCCCUGCCACUCAGACACCAUUGUUACAAACGUUAGAAGCUGCUGCUGAUAUUUCGGAUUUUUGUGCGAACUACAUAAGGGGCUACGCCAAGAGGUUGAAUUCAGAUGCAUGGCUACCCAAUCCUCACCUCCAUGGAGUUGGUUUCUUUUCAGCAGCCGCUGCGGGGGCUCUCCCCGGUCAACCGUUACCCGCAGUUGCUGAUUGGUUGACUUCUACUGCGGCUUAUCUAAGGGGCUGUGCCGUGGGCUCGCAGUCAGAUGCACAGCUACCCAAUCUUCACUCGCUGCAUAAUCCAGUAGUGCAGCAGGGCUUCGGCGACAUUACACCCGAUCCUGAGGCUACGGGGGGUCUGAUUCCUGACCCAAAAGUUUACAACAACUAUGCAGCCGAUCUUGGCUAUUUGUCUGGGAAUGUUCCAAAUGCAGGUUCGACUCCUGCACUGAUGGUUUCAGAGUCAUCGGUGCGCUCUAUGACUAAUCAAGUGGAAAACGUGAUCACCCCACCACCUGAAGAGAUCUUCCCUUCGGAAGCCUGGCUAGAAGUACUUCUCCCUGGGGAGACUGGUGAGACUAUUGACUCUUUUGGCGGAGACAUUGCACCCGUGUAG